UUUAAGUCGAUACAUUCAUUCUUUUAUCUCGCGACUUCUGUGUCGACAGAUAUCCAUCUAUCAUACACUCUUUCAGUCACCCACCAACCUCCGUCAUCCCAACAAGAACCAUGCUUUUCACCAAGGUCUUCCUGCCUCUCACGGCCCUUCUGGCGACAGCCUCAGCCACUCCUCCCCCCCUCCUCUCCUUCCCCUCCUCCCUCCCCCCUUCCUUCGACCCCUACAACGACAUCGACACCACCCCCAUCCCCACCGACAUUGACCUCUCCACCUCUUUCAACACCACCACGCUACUAGAAACCCGCAACCCCGCCGACUACACCGGCGCCACCGCCGACCGGAACCAAGGCACGUACAACGGCCCCUACACGUACACGACGCACUACUGCGGUGCCCCGCGCACGUGGGCCACCCUGAGCGCCAUCCACGACGGCGAGAGUUAUCUGUACGGCCUAAAGGGACAGCCGCGCUUGGGCGCCAACAAGUGCAGUCGCAACAACCACGACAUCACUUUGCGGUCCUGGGGUAGUGUCGCCGAGGCUGCCGCCUUCCUUACGGGCAAGUGCUUCAAGUACAUGGGUGGCCAGACGCGCAUUGGUGGCCAAGUCUUUUUCAAGGAGAGGUGGAAUGUGUUUAUCACGGUGAACAAGUGCUAGAGCAGUCUAGUGGGGGGCUUGCUUUGUCGAAUGGAGAGUGGUCAUUGUCGGAAGGAAGCCCUGGACUGCUGUUUCUUUGGUUUCCAAUCUGUUUUUUUCCCUUCACACACACACACACACACUUGUUUUUCUGACCGGUGGGACUG